AUGUUUAUGGUUGACCAGCGAAACUCCCCCUGGCACUCCUCCAUGUUUUCUCAGGCGGGCGGCAAGAAAUUUGGCCUUAAGAACAUCAGAAUUGAUUGCCAAAGGUUGUGUUCACAGCCGGAUAUAGAGGCGGAGGAGGAGGAGGAAGUCUCGCGCGCCGGCUACGGAGGCGGGCACGAAUAUUAUAGGCAAGAUCAACAGAGCGGUGUGCCGGGGCCCGCAGCCCCCGUGCUGCAGCGUACAUGUACACGCUGGCCAGACUCCAUAUAUGGCUCCAUUUAUGGCUCCAUAUAUGACUCCAUAUAUGACUCCAUAUAUGACUCCAUAUAUGACUCCAUAUAUGACUCCAUAUAUGGCUCCAUUUAUGGCUCCAUUUAUGGCUCCAUAUAUGGCUCCAUAUGUGACUCCAUAUAUGACUCCAUAUAUGGCUCCAUAUAUGACUCCAUAUAUGACUCCAUAUAUGACUCCAUAUAUGACUCCAUAUAUGACUCCAUAUAUGACUCCAUAUAUGACUCCAUAUAUGACUCCAUAUAUGACUCCAUAUAUGACUCCAUAUAUGACUCCAUAUAUGGCUCCGUAUAUGGUUCCAUAUAUGACUCCAUAUAUAGUUCCAUAUAUGACUCCAUAUAUAGUUCCAUAUAUGACUCCAUAUAUAGUUCCAUAUAUGACUCCAUAUAUGGUUCCAUAUAUGGUUCCAUAUAUGGUUCCAUAUAUGGUUCCAUAUAUGACUCCAUAUAUGGUUCCAUAUAUGACUCCAUAUAUGGUUCCAUAUAUGACUCCAUAUAUGGUUCCAUAUAUGGUUCCAUAUAUGGUUCCAUAUAUGGUUCCAUAUAUGACUCCAUAUAUGGUUCCAUAUAUGACUCCAUAUAUGGUUCCAUAUAUGACUCCAUAUAUGGUUCCAUAUAUGACUCCAUAUAUGGUUCCAUAUAUGACUCCAUAUAUGGUUCCAUAUAUGACUCCAUUUAUGGUUCCAUAUAUGACUCCAUUUAUGGUUCCAUAUAUGACUCCAUAUAUGGUUCCAUAUAUGACUCCAUUUAUGGUUCCGUAUAUGACUCCAUAUAUGGCUUACCGUCCUGUGAGAUGAGAAUAUUAGUUGAACUUAUAGCUAGCGAGGCGCUGGGCGUGAGCGGGCUGCAGGACGACUCGGUGGUAGAGAACUACAACCUGACGCUGGAGUGCACGGUGCAGGGCGCCCCCCUCCCGCAGGUCCUCUGGUAUAAGGACGACACCCUCAUCAACGCCUCCAGGAACAUCAGAGUCAGGACCAGAACCAGGAAGUUACGGCGGCGCAAAGUCAGACGGGAACGGAGCAGUGUCAGCACCUCCAAGGCCCACCCCCGGCUGGAAAUGGGCCACCCCAGGCUGGAAAUGGGCCACUCCCGGCUGGAAAUGGGCCACUCCCGGCAGGAAAUGGGCCACCCCCGGCUGGAAAUGGGCCACCCCCGGCUGGAAAUGGGCCACCCCCGGCUGGAAAUGGGCCACCCUAGGCUGGAAACGGGCCACCCCCGGCUGGAAAUGGGCCACCCUAGGCUGGAAACGGGCCACCCCCGGCUGGAAAUGGGCCACCCCCGGCUGGACAUGGGCCACCCCCGGCUUGACAAGGGCCACCCCCGGCUUGACAAGGGCCACCCCCGGCUUGGCAAGGGCCACCCCCAGCUAAAAAAUGGGCACCUCCGGUUUGACAGGGGCCACCCCAAGUUGGAAAAAGGCCACCCUAGGCUGAAUAAGGGCCAUCCUCGGCUGGAAAAUGGCCACCCCCGGCUUGACAAGGGCCAUCCUACGCUGGACAAGGGCCACUCUCGUCUAGAAAAUGGUCGCUCUUUUCUAGAUAUAGAUUGGCCUCGCCUGGACACGGGCCACCUCCGUGUGGACACGGGCCACCCCCUUGUGGACACGGGCCACCCCCGUGUGGACACGGGCCAUCCCCGUGUGGACACGGGCCAUCCCCGUGUGGACAUGGGCCACCCCCUGGUAGACACGGGCCACAGCCGGGUGGACACGGGCCACAGCCGGGUGGACAUGGCUCGCCCCCGGCGGAGACUGGCCAGACGACGGCUGCGGCCACAGCAGGCGCAGGAGUGGGCAGGCGGGGGCACGCUGGCCCGCAGGGGUAGGCGACAGGGACCAGGGGUUCGUGAACCACCACGACGACCGAUGUCCGAAAGUGGACCACGAAACUUGGGGCGCAGACGACGACCAGGUGCCUCCAGUAGCAAGAGUGUGAGCAGCGGCAGCAGCAGAGACAGCAACAGCAGCAGCAGCAGCAGCAGCAGCAGCAGCAGCGGCAGCAGCAGCGACAGCAGCAGCAGAAGCAGCAGCAGCGGUAAGAGAGGCAGUAACAAGAGGAAGCAGAAGGGGCCACGGCGGCCUGACACGGGACAACAGAAGGUGUUGGUGUCACAGUUGACGGUACGGAGUGCCACGGAGGGGGACGCCGGAGUGUACAAGUGCGUGGCCAAGUCCGUGGCCGGCCAGGCCUCCGCCCAGGCCAUGAUCCGUGUGGUUCCACCCAUAGACCCCCACAUCUUCGUCGACGACUGUCCAAACCUGGGCUACUGUCUCAACGGCGGCACCUGUAUGAUGUUCAAGAUUGUCGGCGAGCUGGUCUGUCAAUGCGCGGAGGGGUUCAAGGGCCAGCGGUGCCAGGAGAAGGAAGUGUACCCAACCUUCAAUCGCAAUUGUCAGGGACCGUUAAAAAAUAUCCGCCAUUCUGAAGGUCGGCGAUGUCCCCGGAACCAGCCGGCGGCCCUCUGGGAGCUGCUGCAGCAGAGCCUGAGCCUCAAGCACAAGGGGUCACCCUGGACCACGGCUCAACUUCUCAACUGGUCAUCUACCCACACCGGGAGCACCUACUGGUCCCGGUACAUGGGGCUUGCCCCUACGCCUCGGACCCUAGUCAGUGGGAAUGAGAGCUCGGCCCCCAGCCAGACUGGACCCCUACCCACAGCCAGCGGUCUCCCACACACUCCUCCUUCAGGACCCCUUCCCUUGCUCCACACAACCAAGGAUCCGGUAGUCUUGGAUGCGAUUCUUAGCGACCUCGACCUCUCCCAAGUCACCAGGCGCAGGAACCCUUUAGGACCACAUGCGUUGACGUGGAGUGGUGCAGCCUCGUCCCCUGCCUCACGCACCCACGCCAACCUCCACCAGUUAACCACUCCAAGUAGCCCGGUGUUGAGGAGAGACGAACCUGUCGCUGUAGAGGAGCCACAGUUGGAUGUUCUCCCACUUUCACUGCCUCAUCGAAAUCAUCGUCGUCAUCAUCAUCACAGGCAACACUCAACAAAAGCCAGGACUCAAGCCCAUCACACAAACACACAAGCCGUUCACUUUACACAACCAACUACAUCAGCAUGGGACCAGAAAGUAAUCGAAGCUGAUUUGGAUUGGUCGUCGAGGCCGCCUCUCAACACCGGCGCCUCUCCCUCCUCCGUGUCCGCGCCCCACCAGGAACACCUGUGACGCCCCCCUCACACUGCACCAGUAUCAGAUUAAAGCUUUAUGUUGAAUACGUGAGCGUCCCCGCACUCCCCAAGCAGACAAGGCGUGGAAUGGCGACGGUGCUGGAGAUCUCUUGCUACCACUAGACACCUCUGGUGUUGGUGGUGUCAACAAUACUCAACUGUACUUGUGAAACUCCAUUACUUUUAGUGGCACUGCUGGGGUCAUGUGA